GAUGCAACGAUAUCAUUCUCAGCAAUUCUUCUCUUUCUUCUCAUCCACCAGACCAGAGAGGGAGGGAGACGGAGAGGCAGAGAGAGGGGAAGGGAGAGGAUUCUGGGGAAGGAGGCGAUGGCGGAGGCGCAAGGGGUGAGUGAAGGUGCAGGUGCUGCGCCUACGAUCGUCUCCUCACCGUCACCCAAGUUUCCCCUGACCGUUUAUGAGGUGGCCGCCGCCUCCACCAUCGUGGUGGGAUCCGUCCUGGGUCUCUUCUGCGUUUACUUGACGAUGCCCGCCGCAGACUACGGUUUCCUAAAGUUUCCACAAACGCUUGAAGAUCUCCAGCUUCUUCGGGAUGACCUCGAAAGUUACACGCGGGAUUAUACCAUACAGGUGCUGGUGGGUUACUGUGCUGUGUACAUCUUCAUGCAAACAUUCAUGAUCCCAGGAACUGUGUUUAUGUCAUUGCUUGCUGGAGCGCUUUUUGGAGUCCUUAAAGGUGUUGCUUUGGUUGUUUUUAAUGCCACCGCUGGCGCAUCAUCUUGCUAUUUCCUAUCGAAGUUGAUAGGGAGGCCCCUCGUCUUCUCAUUAUGGCCAGACAAACUGACCUUCUUCCAAGCACAAGUUGCCAAAAGAAAAGAAAAGCUUCUGAACUACAUGCUCUUUCUAAGAGUAACCCCCACCCUGCCCAACACAUUCAUAAAUGUAGCAUCACCAAUUGUAGAUGUGCCUUACCAUAUAUUCCUUCUUGCAACAUCGAUUGGCCUUAUCCCAGCUGCUUAUGUGACUGUAAGGGCUGGGCUGGCUCUCGGUGAACUAAGAUCACUAGCUGAUCUUUAUGACAUUCAGGCCCUCGCAACACUCUUCUUCAUUGGGAUCGUCUCCGUGACUCCCACAUUAAUGAACAAGACUGACACCUCUCCGUGAAAUCAAUAUUUUGUCAUGCCUGUUUCUGCAUUCUCAGCUGAAUGCAGUCGUUGCAGUGAUGCACGUGUUUGUACAGUUGAAUUUACUGAUCAUUAUUGCCUCACACGAAUUCCUGUGUUCCUACUAUGGCACUGGGAAAAAAUUUACAUACCAGUAAAUUCGUCUACAAAUCGGCAAAAUUGUUGGGUAAUUCUUAUGCAAUGUGGCUUGUUCGAGCAAUAUGUAAUUCAAUAUGCUUCCAGUGAAAUGUAAAUAUUUAUGCAGUUAAAAUGCUAGUAUGACCCUGAGUUUUAGUGGUUGCUGUGGGCCACUGUUCUUGCA